AUUAAUCUGGAUCCUUUUCUUUUCAAAAAUUGUAAAAUUACCAAUGCAACCAAAUUGUCAGGCCUACCAAAAUUACGAAUCAAAUAAAAAUUUACUGAAUUUAUUACCUAGAAUUCUCAUCACUAGAUGGCCAACUUCCGGGAAAUCGUUUUCAUUUCUUCAAUAUUGUUUUUCUAUGGUGUAAUUUUUACCUGGAUCGCGGCAACAAAACUAUUUAUUUAUAAAAAAUAAGUAAUUUUACUUGGACUUUAGCAAAUUUUUUUCCAUGUACAAAACAAACGGUGAUAUUCAAUGAAUAAACGAUAUGGUUAAUGUUACGAAAGGAAUAUUAGUCGAAUGUGAUGAAGCUAUGAAACAAUUGUUACUGGAUUUAGACGAGAAAAAUGUGCUAGGACGAAAAUUUAUCAUUCAAGAUUUAGACGAACGACAUUUAUUUAUUUCCGCCGAUAUUUUGGAUUUAUUGAGAAAAAAAGUCGAGGAUUUAGGCGGCGAUAUUUCUGUGCCUUCAGGAGAUAAAUAA